AUGUUCCCCAUCAGAAACAAUGGAAAUAGCAGGUCUUCAGUUCAUCCAGAUAAUACGCAUCAUUCCGGUCUAGGUAGUAUUACUGCCAGAGAGGCUAUCAAUGAUAGCAAUUCAAAGCAUUCUAGUGUCAGGGAUUCCGAUUUUUUGGAGAUCCCUUUAACUGACUCCUCAUCUGUAUCUUCGUCUGUCACGCUUGGGCCGUCGCGAUUCAACAGUUCGCCUUUCAGUUCUCCAUCUCAGAAACUUCAUAAAAAAUCAAUCAACACCACAUUAGAUUCUUGCUCCAAUGCAUCCGAAGUACCCUCACCACAACAACAACAAGAGCAGCGCCUAUCUGGCCAGGUGUCACGAAUCAUGAGCAGACCAAGUGAUUUGGUGUUAUCAGCUUUGAAUCAAAAGCUUCUAAACAGUAGAAUGUUUAGUGGAUCCAGUGUUAAUGAGAAAGAUGCCGAAAUUGGUGGUGAGAACGACAAUAGAAGACGUGAUAGUGGGAGUGUUAGGCAUUUAUCUGCUGAAAGCUCGGAUAGUUUUGCAGAACCAGUAAUUGACACAAGUAUAUCUUCAUUUACGAGUCUCUCGUCGGUUCAGCGGGGUGGUCAGCGCCGUGCGUCUUCUUCCUCCGACUCUACUACCUCUUCUAUAACCGAUAUGGUUCAUCAUGGAAAAUCACAGUUCUUUCCUGUACGUCCGUCAUACUUGAACUCCCAAAGCUCGUUCAUGUCUUCUGACUCUCAUUUGUGUGAUCGCGUGCCAAAUGCCCAGUCGAUGCCAACGCUAACACCGAGCAGUCAAGCCACUAUUGUUGACGAGAACGAAACUCCGCGUGUGGCUCCUGCCCGUGACAUACAUCAAAGAUGUCAGAGAAGGUCUCUCACCAAGGCGGAAAAGGACAAGAUGUACGAUAACGAUAACGGUGAGGUAGCCUUGACUUCGGAUGCUUAUAAUGUACCAAUAGCGUCCAGUUCAACGGCCACAUUAUUCAAAAAUUCUACAUCUGAUAAAUCUAGAACUAUUCUUCUCGAUGCAUGGUCCAAUGCUGAGGAAGUUCAGGUUUUUGAGCCGUCCCCGUUACCCGGUAGAGUCGCAGAAAUAUACAAUCUAUCCACACCGGAUUUAUCUCUACUGAAAAGAUCUUCUCUUCCCUCAUCACAUAGAUCUUCCGUUCCGUCUCAUCGUGCUUCUGUAAGAAGUGAAACCAAUGCGAUGGAAAGUCCUUCUAUGUCGUCGAUGUUUACAUUCUCUAACUUGUCGCCCAUGGCUCAGCAACUUAGCACUUUUUACGAGUACUCCAUUCGCAGUCACGCCGAUAAUGAAAUGGCACAUAGGGCCAAGAUGGCCGAUUUGAAAUUAGGAAAUGAUAGACUUGACCUAAAAAAUCAAAAAUUGGACGACUCGAAGUUGAUAUCUCCCGAAAAAUUAAGUAUGCUGUCUCUUACUAGGCCUUUUUGGUUACCUCCAAAAGACAAGUAUGAGUCAGAGAAGCAGGAGUAUGAAUUUAGGAGCAUGAUCAGACAUGAGGGUUAUAGAAUGAAAAAGCAAAGCAAAAUAAAAGAGCGUCACCAAAGAGAGUGGAUGAUAGGAGAGGCCAGACUUGAGUAUCUUUCAGGCAAAGACUCUCUUUCCAGUAGCAAUGUUUCUGAGGUGAAGAGGCUCAUGUGGCAGUCUGAAGUCAAACCUAGCUUCCGUGUGGCAUUGUUUGCGAAAGUCAUUAAGCAUCAGUAUGUUAUCAGCUCGGAAGAAGAUUUGAACAGACUACCUAUUCUGGAUGCUUCCUCGAUCUCGGUUGAUGUCAACUCAAUAGUUGAUUCGAUGCCGCAUUCCUGUGACGAUCCGAAGCUCAUUACGGUUUUGACAAAUCUCUUGAAGAAAACAACCCGAAUGAAGGGAUGGACUUUCAAUACCUAUAAAGUAUCAUUGUCUUUGUUAAAUGAAGGAUUUAGCUCACCCGAGGCUUUACGAACCUUGCACUAUCUCAAUGAUUUUAUUGUUGAUGAGAAGUUUAUCAAUAAGUUCAAUCAGAACCUGAACAAGAACAAAGUGAUACUUUUCUAUGGCAAGCAUUUCAGGGAUGAUCUAAACGCUAUCAAUAUUGAUGGCUUCGUCAAGCUUCUCAAUUGUUUCAGUACGAAGAUUGUGUUCAAACUAGUCACUUUGUUAAUUGCAUACGGUGAUUAUAAAAUUCUCUACGCUGUGGUGCUCACUAUUUUGUUGCAUUACCACUUUGGCUGGAACAAUGUGCAGUUGUUAUUGAACUGCAGCCGCAAGGGCAACCUGAUUAAAGUUGAAGAUGAGGAUCUAUUUUGGGCUCGGGCUUAUGGUUUAUACAAGAAGUUUUAA